AUGGAUCACAUCAAGCGUCCCACCCUCAAGCUCAAACACAGCAGCGACAAGGCCAAGUCGAAGGAACGUUCACUCUCCAAGGACAAGCAUGGCAAAGAUGCGCCCAGGUCGCCCGCACGCCCGAAGCCCGUCAAGAUGGACCUAGUGAUGGAGUCGCCGCCGGUGCUCCUCAUGGACAACCCACAACAGUCGUCAGGCGCAUUGAUCUCCGGUCGCUUGCAAGUCACCCCCAAUGCCCCGCAGGUCGAGCUGGAGAGCGUCAAGAUGUUCCUGGAAUGCUCCACCACAACAAAGCGGCCCGUCGAGGCGCGGUGUCGCGAAUGCAUGAACCAAGUCAAGGAUCUCUACGAAUGGCACUUCUUCACCAAGCCCAAGGUCUUCCGUGCGAGCGAGGGCAUGCAGGAGCUACCAUUCUCUCAUCUCAUCCCGGGCCAUCUUCCAGGAACCACGCAUGGCUACGUCAGCAGCAUCGAAUACUCCCUACAUGUCCGUGCAAGGAGCACUUCUGGCGAGGAGACCGAGUUCCGACGACAGCUCGUUAUCAACCGUGCUCUGCGUCCAGGCAACGACAAGAACAGCGUCCGCGUAUUCCCCCCAACGAACCUGACCCUCCACGUUACCCUCCCCAACGUCGUCCAUCCCAUCGGCGAGUUUCCGGUCCAGUGCCGUAUGACAGGCAUUACCACGAAGCGCGACGACACACAAACGCGAUGGCGACUUCGAAAACUCACCUGGCGCAUUGAAGAGCACGAAACAGCCAUCAGCCCCGCCUGCCCCAAACACAUCGCCAAAGUCGGCGGCGAAGGCAAGGGCGUGCAACACGAAAACACCCGCGACGUCGGCAUGGACGAGAUGAAGACGGGCUGGAAAACCGACUUCAGCGACGGCACCGUCGAAGGCGAAUUCAUGGCCUCGAUGAACCCCUCCGCCAAACCCCAACGCGGCGUCGACUCGGCCAACGGCCUCAAAAUCAACCACAACCUCAUCCUCGAACUCGUCAUCGCGGAGGAAUGGGCGCCCAACAAGAAACCCAACCAGGCGACGCCCACCGGCGCAGCGCGUGUGCUUCGUACGCAGUUCGCACUCAAUGUCACCGAGCGGGCGGGCAUGGGAAUCGCGUGGGACGAUGAGCAGCCGCCGAUGUACGAGGAUGUGCCUGCGAGUCCGCCGCAUUAUCGGACGAGCAGCGGCGAGGGCCUCACCCAGAUUGUGGACUAUGAAGGCGAGGACCUGCAUGAGGAUGUGGAGCAUCUGAAUUUGAACUCUUGA